AUGUGGCCGAUGUACAUCCACGGUUCCGACAGUGAUUUCGUCGAUGUGCUUCGCCAGGUCAAGGACUCGAGGAGACGGACCCCGAGCAACGGCUGGGCAUAUUUCGCUUCGCGCUUUCUGAACCCGGGGGGCCAGCAGGCUUUCGACACGCACGGUCCGGUGGAGAUCGUUUUUAACUAUUUGGGCCUAUAUCAGCAAUUCGAGCGGGACGGAGCUCUUUUCUGCCCUCCCGCGGCAUCGGUAGAUGGUGUGCCUGACAUGGCAGGAGACGUACCGCGAUUCGCACUGAUCGACGUGUCCGUAGGCGCUGAGCGAGGCCGUCUGCGCUUUUCUUUCAUUUAUAAUCGACACAUGCAACACCAAGAGGGUAUCCGCCGGUGGAUUGCAAACUGCGAGCAAACCCUCCUGGGCGCUGCAGAACAGCUAGCGCACAUGAGUCAGAGGUACACUCUGUGUGACUUCCCACUGCUCUCUCUGACCUACAAUGAUCUCGACGCCUUCGUGCGGAAAGUCCAGGCCCAUAUUCCAUCCCUGGAAGUGGAGGGAGCCUACCCGUGCUCACCAAUACAGCGUGGAAUUCUGAUUAACCAGGCGAAAGAUGAACGAAACUAUCGGACCAGGUUUAUAUGGAAGGUCAUUGCCGGUGAAGAUUCGCACUCGGUCGAUCUCGGUAGGCUGCAGCAGGCCUGGCAGCGAGUGAUCAACCGACACGCUAUCCUACGGACAAUCUUCAUCGAUAGUGUAUCCGGGGCAAGUACUGACCAAGUGGUGCGAGGCUCUGCUCUCGCGGAGGUCGACGUUGUGAAAGGCACCGUCGGUGACCCAAUUGCUGCAAUUGAGGAACAGCUCAAGGCGACUGGCGGAGACGGGCGCCUUCUCCAUCGACUCUUACUAUAUGCCGCACCCACUGGAACCUUCUGCGCCCUUGAUAUCAACCAUGCUCUGAUCGACGCUCAUUCAGUGCAAAUCUUGGAACGCGAUCUACGGUUAGCAUAUGAUGGAAAGCUUCCCACUGGGCGGGGCCCGCUGUUCAGCGACUACAUUGCCUAUCUUCAGCGACUACCAGAGGCAGGCGCCGAGGCAUACUGGAAAGCAUAUAUGAAGGGUGUCGAACCCUGCGUAUUGCCUACCCUCUGUGACCAGAAAGCCGAAGGGGAAGGUCGUUCCCAAUUUGUUGCUUCCGUGGACCUUGGGUCCGGGGCCCAACUCCAUACAUUCUGCCAACACCACGAGGUGACACUGGCAAACCUGUUCCAAGUGGCAUGGGGACUACUGCUCCGAACAUACACUGGUUCUAGUUCGAUUUGCUUUGGAUAUCUGAACUCCGGUCGAGACGUGCCAGUACCCGAAGUACAGGAUACGGUCGGUCCAUUCAUCAACAUGCUAGUAUGCCGGAUGGAGCCAGCAUCAGACACGUCCCUUCUGUCACUGGUGCAGGGGAGCCAGAAGCAGUACCUAGAGAGCCUCCCGUAUCAGCAUUACUCGUUAGCUGACGUUCUCCAUUUGGCAAGGAUGCCGUGUGAUGAGUUGUUUAACACCGUGAUAUCCGUGCAACGCCUCGGGACUGGUCACCAGGAGGAAACCAGCAUUGGGCUCGAAAGAGUGAGAGGAUACGAUCCAACCGAGUAUGAUGCCAUGGUUACAAUUUCUAUCGAGGAUGAGCAUAUCAGGAUUCACCUCAGUACCUGGACAACGAGCCUAAGUGAUAGGCAGGCUCAAAGGGUUUCUAAUGCAUUAGGUCAGCUAGUAUUUGAAAUAGUGGAACGGCCCUAUUGUACGGCAAGUCAGCUCAAUCUCUUGGGUGAGAACGAUAGGAAGGAGAUCUACAUGUGGAAUCGAAAUGUGCCAAAGCGGGUGGAUGAAUUAGUCCACAAGCAGAUCGAGGAGCGCUGCCGCACCCAGCCAAACUCACCCGCCGUGUGUGCCUGGGACGGUGACUUUACCUAUGCGGAGCUGGACCAACUCUCUUCUGCCCUAGCAAUACACCUGAUGGAAUUAGGGAUCAGACCGGGGGUUUUUGUUCCACUGUGCUUCGAGAAGUCGCGGUGGACCACCGUGGCGAUACUUAGCGUGAUGAAGGCUGGUGGAGCAUUUGUCCUACUAGACUCGUCGCAUCCGUCGGCGCGACUGCAGAGGAUCUGUCAGGAGGUGUCAGCCCCGGUGAUUGUGACAUCGGUGCUGCAGAGAUCGAGAGCUGAACAACUAGCGGCGCAGGUCGUGGUCGUGGGCGACAAGGCAGUUUCAUGGCAGAAUAGGAGCGAUCCGUCAAGAGACUCAACGGUGGCCCCACAAGAUCCACUGUACAUCGUGUUUACGUCCGGCUCAACAGGAAGGCCAAAGGGCGCGAUUGUCACGCAUGCUGCCUUCAGCAGUAGUGCCCUCCGGUAUGGUAAUAGCCUGGCACUCACCCAAGAGUCAAGAGUCCUCCAAUUCGUGUCGUACGGAUUCGAUGUUAGCAUAUCCGAUUCUCUGACGACUCUCUUGUUUGGCGCCUGCAUAUGUGUUCCAUCGGAAACGGUACGGAUGGAGGAUCCAGCUGGCGCUAUAACCGCCUAUAAAGUCAACUGGGCUCUCCUAACCCCUUCCGUGAUAAAAUCGAUACGGCCACAAGAAGUGCCAAGUUUGCGAUCAGUGGCACUCAUUGGAGAACCGAUGUCAAGAACUGAUGUGGCAACAUGGGCUGCACACGUUCGACUCGUCAACUCCUAUGGUCCGGCCGAGUGCUCUGUGGUCAGCGCUGUUCAUGGCGGUAUUCAUUCUGAAUCUGAGGCACAAGUAAUCAGCCGUGGAGUGGGUUGUGCAUGUUGGAUAGCUGACCCGGAAGACCAUGAGAGGUUACUCCCUAUCGGCGCCGUGGGUGAGCUCCUGAUUGAGGGUCCAAUAGUAGGUCACGGCUACUUAAACGACCCAGUUAAAUCAGCAGCGGCGUUCAUUAAACCGCCAACCUGGCUACGCAGCUUCCGUGGCAGCGACGCGACUGAAGACUGUCUAUAUAAGACUGGGGACCUGGUACGGUACACUGCGGAUGGGUCGCUUCAAUUCAUUGGCCGGAGGGAUACUCAGGUCAAGAUCCGUGGGCAGCGGAUUGAGCUGGGCGAGAUCGAGCACUACACGCGUCAAUGCUUCCCAGGAGCACAGGACGUGGUUGCCGAGGUAGUGACACCGACUGAAGUAGGACGCCCGCCGAUGCUAGUAGCGUUUUUGAGGGUGGACGCAAAGGACGUUCGCCAUCUUGAUGAUGAUCUGAGCCCCCCUACUGACGCCUUCCGCGCAGGCGUUCUUACCGCGGAAGUUCGUCUCUAUGAAGCAGUGCCGGCGUAUAUGGUGCCGGCCGUGUUUCUCCCGCUGGUGGCCGUGCCUCUGACAACCACUGGUAAAACUGAUCGACGUCGACUCCGUGACCGCGCCGCGGCUCUCUCCCGGGCGGAGAUCGAAUCAUACAGGGUUGCCGCAAGUGCUAGGCGCAUGCCCGCUACGACAGGGGCGUGGACGUUGCGGCUCCUAUGGGGCCAGGUCUUAAAAAUGCCACCUGAUACAAUUAGCGCGGACGACAGUUUCUUCCGCCUUGGUGGAGACUCUGUCACUGCUAUGCUCCUAGUGGGCGCCGCGCGCAAGGCCGGUCUCGCUCUCUAUGUCACUGACGUGUUUCAAUGCCCUCGCCUCUUUGAAAUGUCGAAUAGGCUCGACUUAGCGGACCGUAGUGCACAGAAAGAGCCUUCCUCUUUUGUCAACCGAGUUGGCAUGUGA